UGCGUUACUUUAAUUGCAUUUAGUGUUUUGGAGUAUUUUUUCUUAUGCUUAUUGAUAUCUUGAAUUUCUUCCUUAUACAACAGUCUGUAUUUUAUACUACACUGUAUGAACAAUUAUCAAUGGAUGAAUCUCUUUCAUAUUGUUGAAUAGGACCAAGAAAAUGGCCAACAGUACCACUGAGUUGUGAAAUAUAGAUGAGGAAACUGAGAUCGAAAGGGUUUUGAUUGAUUAAGACUGAAAUCAUACUAGAUAGUACAGAUGCAACAAGGUUACAACAAGGCUUCAAAUCUGGUAUUUUGGCAUCAAAUCCAGGGUUUGAGGAUUUGCAUUUUCUUCUCUGUUCAUUUCAUAUGUUGUUGUUUGUUUAAUUUGCAUAUGGUUUUGUUUGAGGGAAAGUAAUUAUUUUUAUUUUAAAAACGGAAACAGUAAUUAAAGGAAAAAAGAGUAUCUUAUAUAAGGGAGCAGUCAACAGAAUCAAAUUUAGUUGAGAUUUCAAAGAUGAUAACUGAAAAGAAGUAUUGUUUUUAGUAAUUAACAUAUAAUCAGUGACAUUAGAGAGAGCAGUUUCAGUAGAUUAACAGUAGUGGAAAUCAGACUGUAAAAAUUCAUGAAAAGUGGGUGGGGAGGAAGUGAAGACAUCCAAACUAGAUAAUUUUUUCAAGAAGUUUAGAAGUGAAGAGGAAGGAGAUGGGUUGGUAGUUUCUUAGGUUAGAAAACCAAGAGAAGGGUUUUGUUGGGGGGCGGGAGUGGGAAGACUUGGAGGUUUUGAUCAUGUUUGUAGCAUAGGAGAAGAAACCAAUAGAGAGAUUAUAUUGGAAGUGCUUAAGGGAAAAGAGAUGACUGCUUGAGUUAGAAAGAUAAAAUCAGGGUCAAGGGUCAAGGCAGAACAAUUGGCCUUAGUGGAUUGUUUGAAUAGAGAGAAAGAAGAUAGAAUAGAUAAUGACAUGGAAAACUUUUGAGAAAUAAAGGAAAGGAAUUUACACUGGAAAACCUUAAGUUUCUCAAUGAAAGAGGAAACCAAAGCAUCUACUGAAAAAAAAACAUUUCUCACAGUUUCUUCCUGACAAAUGUGUGAAUAGCAAAAGCAGCUACUCUGAAGUUUGGUGAAUAGAAGAAAUCCAAAUGACUUUUGACACAAAGUAAUUUGAAUGACUACUAAGGCCUUUAUCUGGUAGUUGACCAUAUUUGCUGCCAGUUUAUUCCAGUGUUCAUUAUUUAAUUGAAUUGUACUAAACUGAAAAAAAAAAAAUGGAAUUUUGGCACCUCCUGGUUUUAUCAGCUCUCUUUAUAGAGUCCAGAGCAGCAAAGCUGGGUAAACCUUAUAAUGCAAUGGAAAAAGAGGCUUUAAUUGUUCUCUGUCCAAGAACAAAAAAACCUGAAUCCCAAGUUUACUGGACUCAUUUCAAAUCGAAAAAAAACAUUACUACCAACAAAGGAAAUCGGAUAUAUUCCUCAGGGGUCCGACUCAAAUUUCUACCAACUUCAUUGAAUGACACUGGAAUAUAUAAUUGUACUAUAAAGAGCCCCAAGGUCUCUUUUCGUGGAUAUGUUAAUAUUACAAUCUAUCCCAAACAGCAUGAUUGUACUGUCCCAAAAGACCUUUUAUAUAUUCCAGAAAAAGGAACGUAUAUAAAUUCAAUGAUUCAUUGUCCUACAAUUGAACUUUAUGAUGAAAUAGUUCGUGUGGACUGGUUUAAAAACUGUAAAGCCCUCAAAGGACAAGGUUACUAUGCAAAUAAAGAUCAUCUGAUAAUUAAAAAUCCAACUGCUGCUGAUGCAGGCAUUUAUACCUGUAAAUUCAUUUACAGUGAAAAUGGAAUCAAUUAUAAUGUGACUGCAUCUAAGUCAUUUAUAUUUCAAGGUGAAAGUAAUUAUUCUAUGCUUCCAGAAAUUACUUACCCUGUGAAUCAUGAUGUAAUAGAAGUAGAGCUUGGAACCAAUGUGAGUGUGGUGUGUAGAGUUUGUUUGGGAAAAGGCAUGCAAAUAAUAGAGCAAGUUGGAUGGUGUAUUAAAAAGAAGAACAUUAUUAACUGCAUCAAAAAUCCCCGAUUUCGUGAGGAAAAUGAAGCACCAAAGUCUAAUGAAAACUUGAAUUGUAAAACUGUCACUUUAAGAAUAGAUAAUGUGAAGAGAGAAGAUCUCUCCUUGGAAUUUUAUUGCUGGGCUUUGAAUGAACAUGGAUUCAAAGAACACAGCAUAAGAAUCAGAAUGAAAAAGACAACUGAUCAACGAAGCACCUACUACAUGCUUGCAGGAUUUAGUACUUUGUUAAUCCUAAUUAUUACAUUAACAGUAAUAUUAAAAAUAUUCUGGAUUGAUUUUAUACUGCUGUGGCGAGAGGUAGCUAGACCUUAUAAAUCCAGGGAUGAUGGAAAAAUAUAUGAUGCUUAUGUCAUCUAUCCCAGAAACUACCAAAAAAGGACUGAGAUUGUUAAUUCUAUGGAAUAUUUUGUUCACCAGAUUCUGCCUGAAGUUCUUGAAAAUAAAUGUGGAUAUAGCUUAUGUAUCUAUGGAAGAGACCUUCUGCCUGGAGAAGAUGCAGCUAGUGAAAUGGUAAAAUGUAUACAGAAGAGCCGCAGGCAAAUUAUUAUAUUGAAUCCCCAGGUAGAGCAUGGUGAGGAAUUUGCUUAUGAGCAAGAGAUUGCUUUACACUGUGCUCUGAUGCAGAAUGACUCCAAGGUGAUUCUUAUUGAAAUGCAGACAACUGGUGACACCAAAGACCUGCAGGAUUCUCUCAAGCACAUUAUUAAACAGCAAGGUACCAUUCAAUGGAGGGGAGACCAUGUAACCAACAAACAGUCAUUUAAUUCCCACUUCUGGAAGCAUCUACGGUACCUGAUGCCAGCAAGAAGCAAAUCUUUAGAUCCACUUCACCGUGGCAUAUGAAGACCAGGACAUUAAUUGUUGGCUUUUCCAAGCUCCUGUUGACUAGAAAAAGUUUGUUUUUGCAUCUAAUGUGAAUUUAGAUUUUUUUAUUUUUUAUUUUCAGGGCAAGUUGAUAUUUGAUUUAGAGGAUGGGGAUGAUAGAAAAGUGUAAGUAAAGAUAUAAAGACAAUAAAUAAGAACUCUUCCUCUGAUAGUUUUAAGUCCUCUGUCCUACUUUCUAGUCAGUGCUAAUGGCUCAAAAAGGUCCCUACUUUCUUUCUGCUUCUGCCCCCUUCUUUUUUUCGUUUGUCAUACUUUAUGUGGCCUCAGUUUCCUCACCCAUAAAGUGAGGGGAUUAUCAUAGAGAUUCUGAGAUCCCUUCCAGUUCUCAAUGUAUGAUGGGGAUGGUACAAUGAAGAGAAGAGACAUAGCUUCAAGACUUCCAAGUCAGACUAUUUUUGUGGAAAACUGAGAAGUAGUUAAAGUUUGUCACUCUUACUUCUUUAUCUAUCCUUUCUCACUCUCAAAAUAAUAUCCUCACAUAAGAUGUCUGUUUUAAUUUAAAUCUAAGUUUGUUUUUGUUGUUGUUGUUGUUGUUGUUUUGUUUGUUUGUUUUUUUAGCUACAAAAGGAACUGGACUAGAUCUGGGGUUAUUAAUUGAGGGUCCAUGAAUUUUAAUGUAAUUGAUUUUCUUUGGCUUUUGGAGCUAUUCCAAUGGAAGGAGAUACUUUUUGUAAAGAGUUUUGCAAGUUUUAAAGAUUUGGAUUAAAUUUGCAUUUAAAACCAUUAUUCUAAGAAGGAGUUUAUAGGUAUUAUUUAACAGCCAAAGGAGUCCAUAACACACAGAAAAAGUAAAAAACUUUGAACUAGAUGAUGCUGAAUAGUGAGGUGGUUUAAUGGAUAGGACAUUAGACCGGGAGUCAGGAUAGAUCUGAAUUCGAAUCUAGCCUCAGAUAUUCACUGUGUGACUCUGGGCAAGUCACUUGAUAUCCGUUUGCUUUAAUCCGCUAGAGAAAAAAAUAGCAAACCACUCCAGUAUCUUUAAAAAACAAACAAAAACCUAUGAGUCAGAACUACUGAGCAGCACGUCUGAGAUGGUCUAACAUUCUAGGAAUCUGUAAUUUUAAUUGAUAUAAGACUUAUUACUGUACCUGUCCAAUCUAUUCCAGAGGGUUUUUGAGGGUCAAAUGAAAAAAUAGAUGUAAACAACUUCUGUCGCUCAGACUUUGUCCAUAUCAUAUUUCCCAUGGAAAUUUCUUUGCUCAGUAUUUUGUCCCCUCCAGAACCAAGGUACCCCUUAGGUAAUUUGCAAAACUAAUUUCUUACUAAUGUAUUAAUGGGGAAAAGAUUCACAGAGUUGCUUUGAGGAAAUAUCUUCAUAUUAACUGGGCCUCUGAAACUUUUGCUGAUUGAUUGUCUGAUCCAUUUUAAUUCAGUUAUAUGGUUUUCAGACUAAUGAGAAAAAAAUUUUUUUUUUGAUGAUGCUAUAUCAAACAGGGUCUUCCACACCCAAAUUUUGUCACAUCUCAUAAGCAACUAGCUGCCAUUUAAUAAAACUAUUCCUGUUGUCACACAUUAUCAUAGUUUCACUAAUCUCAUAACUCAGGAGUGGGAAAUGUUUAACCUUCUGCCUAUUAUAAGGCCAAUAAGACAACUGCAGGCAAUGAUGAAUUGAAAGCGAGGUACAACAACCUCCUGCUGCUUGAGUUCUACAAACUGAAAAUUAUGUAUGGCCCAUGAAUGAUGUUAUAAAUUACCAAAUGGCCCUUGUCAGAAAAAAAGAUUCCCUAACAUUGUAUAACUCAAUUUCUUUUUUAAAUGCAGUUUAAGAAGUCGGGUAGUAUGAGAAAAUUAUAGUUUUUCAGAAAGGAUCUUCUACUUUCCUGAAAAAAAUUAAUAUCUUCUCAUAAGGCAUUCCUUAUAUUAAAUCAAUGUCCUUAAUCUCAUUUUGACAUCACCUCAGGGAAUAGCCAUGAAUUUCUCUAUUGCAUCUUUAAUCUUAAUCUCAAUCUCUCUCUCUCUCCUCCCCCCUUUCUCCUUUCCUUCCUUCUCCUUUAUUUCCUCUCUUUGUCAAUGCUUAAUUCAUAUAAUAACACUGUUUCCAGUUUAUGUUUCCAUUUGUAUUUUUAUAAAUUUAUUUUAGACUUUCACUUAUUACAGAUAUUUUCUGGUUCUUCUUAUUUCACUCUGUGUCAGUUCAUAUAAUUCUUAUUUAGCCAUUUUCCAAUUAUGGCUAAUACUUUGUUUCCAGUUUUUUUUCUUCCAUAUAAAUAGUUAGUAUGAAUAUUUUUAUGCAUAGGUCCUGUUUUUGACUUCAGUAUAUAGGAGUUUUAGAGUAGUAACCUAGUAACAGGAGUUUUGAAUCACUCUUAUGAACAUUUUACAUUUCUUUUUAGUAAAAUUCCAAAUUGCUUUUCAGAAUGGUUGA